AUGCCCAUGACCAAGUCUGGCCAAAAACAAGUCCUUGUCGUGAAGGACGAGAAGGACGACAUGAGUGGCUUUGUGCAGCUGUUCGCUGCAGGGUCCGAUGACGCGACCAUUCACCAAGACUCCGCUGGAUUUGUCCACCCGACGUCCAAGGAAGUUUACGUCGCGGACAGGCUUGACGAUACCCGUCAAAAACAUGUGACGGAUCUCCAAGUGGCGCUUGAAGAAAUGCACCGCGAAGUGGCGGUGCAAAGCGACAAAUUGCGUCGGCAAGCGCAUGGACGCCACGAACGAAAAUCCCAAGUCAAGUUUGCGGGUUUCGUUUAUCGGAUCAGUUGUCAACCGUCCGACAAUAUUGGCCCUGCAUUGAUGCGGACCCUGCCAAGUGACCAGAGUCAUCACACCACUACACCAGAUAUGUCGAACGGAAACCAUCGCCACACAUACCCCAUCUCUCUCAAACUCCAAGCACCUGUGUUGCUGCAGCGGAUGUCGUAUCAUCAGGUGGCCAUACAGCUGUCGGUCCCCUACACGACAGUCCGAAACUCGAGUCAACAGUCCGAGUAG